AUGCAUCACGCGCUACUCGUUCCAGAUAUCCUAGAUCACAUCUUCACAUUCAUCAAGGCUGGUAGUGAGCAAAUCAGUCGCCGGACUCUCGCAGCACUUGCCAGAACCUGCAGCGCUCUCAGUGAUGCCUCGCUGGAUGCUCUCUGGGGCGAGCUACGUAGCCUGUACCCGUUAGUAUCGUGCAUCUACGAUACUAACAUGAAGUUGAGCGAUGAGGACCCGUCAGAAUUCGACGCUGAUGCAGGACCCGACCUAUCUGUUUUUCACAAGUACGCGUAUCGCGUCCACAAAAUAGAGCUUUCUGGAUACGAAGGGGGCUGGAGAGUCAGAGCUGUUCCUGAUGACCUGGGAGUGUUCCACUCUUGCUCUACUCUGGCCACUGCUCAAUCCACGUUUAUUGUCUCUUCGCAUAUCAAGCUUUCAGUGGAGCCCAAAAUCCACCCCGUUACUCCUGUCCAAAAUCCGGGGACUCUGCCCGGAGCUGAAUACGCUGGGAUUAACAUUCUAUCUCUCAGAAGGAUGCGAAGCAAUAGCCGAAAGCUGCUUAUCCCGAGUAAUUUGCUCUUGGAAGAAGCUCGAGGUGCUGGAUUACAAAUCCUUCGGUUGCGCGUUGACAGCAUAUCUGAUCUCAAUCUGCCCGCAAAUUCGCUCUCAUUUCCAUCGUUGCGCACUCUCCAAUUUCAAGCCAACAGUCUAGCGACUGUUCAUUCUAUUCUUCAAGCUGUAAGGAACUUGCCCAAAUCUAUGGAUAUUUUCCUUCCGGUGUACCGGUCGGGGGGUGUUAGUGUGGAAACGGUCGAGCCCAUUCUACAACCCAUUGGUCAAAAUGUGUCUUGCGGCAACCUUGAAGAAUUUCGCAUGAACGUUCCCCUGCUGAGUAGCGGUGUCAUCAACAGCUCUAAUGUACUUCGACCCCUUUUCCUUUGCUGCAACCUUCGUGUAUUGCGCAUAAUGAUGACGCCGCUGUUCUUGCCCGCGGAUGAUGAUCUGCGUGCCAUGGCUUCUGCUUGGCCACUGCUGGAGGAACUUGAACUGUUCGACUGUCGCAAUCUGUACCCGCGGAUUCCUUCCCAUCCCCUGCCUAUUGUGGACCUCCCCGAUGAUGAUUUCCCACCUUUGCCACCCCUGCCUGUUGGACUCCCACCACAUAUGCCCUUUGGUCCAAUGAUGUCAAUACAUCUAGAGGGAACGGCACCGUUUGCAGAUUUUAACAUGACUGACCUACGUAGCAAUCAAACUCCUGAAAUCACCUUUCACGGUCUCAUUUCGCUUCUGGAGUUGUGCCCCAAUCUUCGUUUCUUUAACUUGGCUAUCGACGCCACCAAGCUGGAUGGACUGCGGGGUGAUAAACCAGGCGGUGGUGUUUGCAAUCGACUGGUCAAAUAUCCCAGACUUAUUGAUUCUCACAUCAGUGACCCAGAAGCGGUUGCUCGCAUCCUCCUUGACAUACUUCCUGAACUUGAGACCAUUUGGGGGGAAGGUUCUCCCGGUCCAUUUACGACCAUGUUUAACUCAACACUGCCUCAAGGAUGGGACCAGGUACAUGAAAUAAUGCUGGAUUCUAAAGCAGCCAGGGUUGUGACGUAG